AUGGGUCUACCUCCUCGUCAUUCUCGCACAGUUCCCGCCCCACCAAGAACGGGCGGUGCACCUGCAAUCAAUCCAAACUUGAUCUUGGCCAUUCGAUUCUUGCUUUCGUUACUCAUUUGUGCUUUGGCCAUCAUUGCAGCAGUCAUUUCAAUCUUGGUUGUUCAAUAUUACAACUCUCAUCAUAUCAUCGCUCCAUCAUGGGGAUCGCUAAUCUUUAUUAUUGUUUUGGGUUUGGCAACACCUUGUUUGUACUUUGGAUACAAUAUCCUAUUACCUAUCGCACCUUUCAUCAACUAUGGUGAUUUCCUUUACGGUAUCAUGAUGGUCAAGAUUGAAUUGCUCUUCCAAUUUUCAAUGGCCGUGCUAUGGGUAUCCGGUGCUUUGGCCUAUGCAAGCGAUCUUCGUGGAUAUGAAAACUGUCAAUUUGACGGAUAUUUCCAUCAAGCAAAGCCUGCCAACUUCGAACAUGUUUGCGAUUUGAUCAAUUACGUUGUCCCAUUCAAUUAUGCAGCUUUCGGUGUUCAAACAUUAUUGUUCGUUUUUGAAUUGAUGUUUGGAUUAUACACUUUCCUUUACCUUGAUCAAGAAUCUCUCAGUGAACCACACUUUGCGUGGGGUCGUCGUGCAUACGAUUACAGAACAGGAGCAAGUCAAACGGGCGGAGCAGGACGCAAAAAUGUAUACCGCGCCCGUGCCAUCAAUGCAGACGAAGGAGAACAAAGUGAAGUUAUGGAAGCAGGUGCAGGAAGACGUGGAGCUGCAUACAAUGAUCCAGAAAGAGGAUCAGAAGAGAUGAACGAAGUUGAUAACGACGGACCAGCAACACUUGGUUCGCGUGGAAGGGGAAGACGUGGAUAUAUCGAAGAUGACGAAGAAGAUCCACAUUCAGCC